UUAAAUAGAAACACCGGAAGUUGACGAUUCCACGUCAUUGGUAUUGGUGCACAUGUUGUGACGUUGCUGAUCUUGACUUCCUUUUCAAUGAACACAGGCAAAAUGCCAGCUAAGAAGCCACAUUUUGUGGAGAAAGAGAUUGGUGGUGAUAAAAAUGGUGGAAAAAGGAAAGUUCGUGUGAACAGGUUACCGAGGUAUCUGCCAACUGCGGAGGGAAAGAAACGACUGCACCCCAGACAGAAGUUCUUCUCUCAGCACAAGCACAAACUAAGGAGCAGCAUCACGCCUGGUACCAUCCUUAUUCUUGUUGCUGGAAGACAUAAGGGCAAGAGAGUGGUAUUCCUGAAACAACUUAACUCGGGACUGCUUCUUGUCACUGGUCCUUACCACCUGAAUGGUUGUCCUCUGCGUCGGAUUAAUCAGAUCUAUGUUAUUGCAACUAAGACCAAGAUUGACAUCAAAGACGUCAAGAUUCCUGACCGCUUGAACGAUGACUAUUUCCGUCGCCUGAAACUACGCAAGCCAAAGCAUGCUGAGGGCGAAAUCUUUGACACCAAAAAAGAGGUGUAUGCUGUCUCCGAAAAUCGAAAGACUGACCAGGCUGAGGUGGACAAGCAACUGCUUGAGGUGAUUCGCCAGAACCCUGAAAAGAAAUACUUGUUUGGUUACCUUGGUGCUUUGUUUUCUUUGAAGAACCACCAAUAUCCUCACAAGAUGGUCUUCUGAGUAUUGUAAAAGGAAAAAUAAAUCCUGUUCUACAAAGACAGCAA